CCCAAACACCGAGUGGCCGAAGUAAUUCGAUCGGAAACAUGUAAGCUAGAGUAUCCUGAUAGUAUUUUGACGGCUCAGGAUUCGGCGGCAGUAGGUGGAUUCGCUCUAAUUGGCUCACGAGAUUACAACAACUUUGUUUUCAAACUCCAAGUUAAUUGUAAAUUUUAUUAUUAUUAUUAAAUCCCCUUCCUCUCUUGAGAGCUUCCCGCAUCGUUCUUUCUUCGGAAGCGAUGGCCGUCGGGCACCGCUUCUUGGGCGUUCUCAACUUCGUGGCCUUCCUCCUCUCCCUCUCGAUCCUCGUCGGCGGAAUUGGCCUCUCCGACUGCAACAACUUCGUCCAGCACCCCGUCAUCGCCGUCGCCGCCAUCCUCAUGGCCGCCUGCCUCGCCGCGACCGCCGCCGCCUGCUUCCGCGCCCCCCGCCUCUUCUGGCUCUCCUUCCUCUCCAUGCUCGUCCUCGUCCUUGUUCUCUGCGGUCUCGUCGUCUUCGGCUUCGUCCUCACCGGCGACGACUACUCCCAGUGGCGCCAAGAAAGGCUCGCCGGCGACAAGAACUGGGCCAAGACCCUGAGCUGCGUCCGAAGGAGCCCCGAGUGCCGGAUUUUGCAGGAGGAGGACCCGCAGAGCUUGGACGAUUUCAACGAUUUAUCGAUCACACACAUUCAGUCUGGAUGCUGCCUUCCACCCACAGAAUGUGGAUUCGUCUUCCAGAGUGUCACCGUCUGGACUAACCCAACCAACACCACUUUGAACAACACUGACUGCAGUACCUGGAAAAAUGAUCCUUCCAUCCUCUGUUAUGACUGUCAGUCUUGCAAGGCCGAAACUGUUGCGAGUAUCAAGUAUGACUGGAAGGAGGCAGCAAGGAACACCACCAUUUUCCUCGUCUACCUCAUUGUCAUAUUUUCUUUUGGAUGCUACACCUUGCAUCAGAGUGCUCACCCUGGAUGGAAAGGAUACUCUUAGAGGGCUGACAGGUUUUUGACUUUUGAAUAUUAGUUUUUGAAUCGUUAACUGUACAUUCCCUUUGCCGA